AAUUGAGAAGCUGGUGAUUGGUAGCGCCCCUGGUGGUUUUUAUCUGGAAUUCUGUUUCUUUGGUCGUCGAGUUAACCGUCUACCAGGCCCGAUGGAUUCGGCGCUUUGAAUUUUCAGCCCAUUCUGUGCCUCAGUCGUGAAAAGAUGGACGGUGGCGGAGCUUAUGGUGGUGGUAAGGCCGGAGCUCCUUUUGACCCGAUUGCAUUUGUGCAAAGGCCUCAGGUCAUCCUAAGAGCACUAUGUCUGCUGUUUGCGAUAAUAGUAUUUGGGUGCAUAAGCAGCAAAGGUUACAUUACGGCGAGUGAUGGAAAAGAAGUCUGCCUUUACAAUGGAGACACAAACGCCUGCAAUUAUGGCGUUGGGAUUGGAGUUCUGGCAUUCUUGGGAAGUAUCGGAUUUCUUGCUGGAGAAUACUUGUUUGAACAGAUGUCAUCUGUCAAGACACGCAAGCAUUACGUUCUCUUAGAUCUUGGUAUUUCUGGACUCUGGGCUUUUCUAUAUUUCGUUGGAUUUUGUUACCUGGCCAAUGCCUGGGGCAGUUCAGAAACUCCUGAGAAGGGAUAUGGCGUAAACAAUGUUCAAGCCGCCAUUGCAUUCUGCUUCUUCUCAAUAUUUACAUGGGGUGGAUGUGCCUGGUUCGCGUUUCAAAGAUUCAAGCAGGGAACCGACGCAGCUUUUGCCCCAAGUUAUGAAGCGGAUCCAGUCGGUGGAGCGGGCUAUACGAGUUAUCCUGAUGCUACCGACGCAGCUUAUCAAGAACCACCAUUCAAUCAACAACAACAGCAGCAACGAGGUAUGGGAGACUUCCAGGCACCUGCAUAUUAAAGUUAUAUUACAAACUUUGAGAGUUGGCUAUUAAACAUGAAAGUCACUCGUGAAAUCUUAUAAUCUCUUCGCCGAUUGUAAUUUUUCCGUUCAUAUCUCUCUGAAUUCAUCAUAAAGAUCGUUGGGAUAUGAAUAAUGGUUCUGAUAUAAUGGAAAAAGAAAUUCUAUCGCGUAAUGUUGCUCUAUAAUUGUUCACGUUUUUUCAUAAUUUGGUAAUAUUAACAAAUUCUAUAAACCUCAAAGUGGACAUAAUGCGCAAUUAAAUUAACAAUUGCUAUUUUCGAUUAUCAUUGUAUGUUAAAAUGAACGAUACAUUGGUACUUGAUGCUGUGUGCCUCUUCUGGAAAGAAAAAGUUAGUAAUUUCCUGUAAUGAAAAGAUUUACUUGGAAUGACGUAAACCACGCGUGAUGUCGCGAUCCCUCUCGAACGAAGGCACGACAAUGCUUUUUCUUAAUAGCCUGCUCUGCUGAAGUGUAAGUAUAAUAGGAUAAGUUUUCAAAGAGGGGGGUGGGAAGGGUUAUUUGUUGAUAUGUGGUUCAUUGUUGACCACUUGUACUUAAUUUAUCCUGCGCUAACCAAUAUAAAGAAAUAUUUAAUAUAUAUAUUAAGCCAAUCAUAAGGGCUAAGCGAUACGACCAUUUCUCGACUACAACAAUAACUAAAUAAACAUUAACGAAGGUAAAUGAUAUGUAACGAUUAAAUUAGUACAUACCGGCUAUAUACCACAAUAUAUUUUAAUGUUGUGAAGUGUUCAUAGUAACCACAACUUGCAUUAUUAUGUAUAUUGUAAGAAAACUAGCGUCAAGGUGAAGUAACAUUAGAUUUUUGCUUCAAUAAUAUAAAAUAUUAUGUGUCACGAUUUGAGAAUAUUUCAUUUAUGCGGAAUUUAUCGUCGUAUGCACUGAGCUUGAGGCUUCAGAGCUCUGCUAUUCCAUGACCUUUGCACCAAAUUUGGAUUAAUUUUUAACCGUCUCUUCCAAGACUUCGUUUCUCACUGCUCUACAGCCAUUACUCAUGAAGUCAAUGAUGAAUCUCAUACAGAUUGAUAAAUAAUCUAUUAGCGUUUAAUAAUAUUUUGAAACGACGAUAUUAUCCUCAUUUUUGGUGUACCACUCUCAAAUCUGUUGAUAUUCGAGAACAUCACAUAGCUUUAAAUUCCUUGGCUAAUCGAGUCGAUAGAUUUUAUUUAGAUGGAAAUGAUUUAAUUGAUAACCAUAUAUUUCCAAGCAUAGCAAAAUGUGAAAAACUGUAGAAUAACAGAUAUAAUAUUGAAACUAAGUAUAGAACGUGUAUUAAAAUUAGUAUGAUUAACAAUUAUUAUUAGUAAUAAUCGUCUUACAUUUGACGUAGUGUGUUGGGGGUGCUCGUGGGCAGUCAGUGUUUAGAUGCAGCUCUAGUCAGACACGUUUUAUUCAGACCAAAAUCAAAUUCCUUUAAUUUCAGUCAGAAAUUUACUUGCAUCAUAUUGUAGCCAGAGUGUUUGUUGAAACGAAAUGAAAUAAUGUCAAGAUGGUUUCUCAAGAUGUGAUAAAUAAUGAGAGAUGAAACAAUAGACUUUCAAGCAGCUGUUGGUCUAUAAAUCAUAUCUAAUUUGUUGUUGAUAUUAUAAAAUACUGAUAAACACAGUAAGAGUCUAGGAGUUCUUGUUAAUUCAAAUAUGUAUUACUUAACUUUUUUUGGUACCAUUCAACGUACAGCAAGCAUAGCAUUUAUAUUGUUUUAUAUAGUAUCUCAUUUCUAAAUCAUAAGUAUAUGGUUAAAUCUAAUUAGGGAAGCACGCGACCUGCCAAAUUAUUACCAAGUACAUGAAGCAAUACCAAUGCGUGCACCUCACACAGUUUGUACAGAAAAAAAGCUGAAUGUAUUCACUCUUUAAUUCAUUAUUUCAUUAAUAUACCCAACUAUGUUUAGUUACGAAAUUAUGAUAUUGUGUACGUAUUGUGUAUGGAGACAACCCAUAUUAUUCCAAAAUGCAAAUAAAUGUUACCAUCUAUUGUGUUAA